AUGGCUGAUGGAACCGGCGCGCAUAAUACGCACGAUAAAGGUGCGAUAAAUGACUCCAGCAAUACUGGCGACAUAGCUUCUGCCGACGAAAAAGUAGAAAGUGGAACACAAGCAGAAGAAUUCCAUAGUAAAGGAAAAAUCGAUCUUACCCAACUAUCCGCAAAUCCAACAGGAGAAAUCCGUAAUCCACUCAUCGGUAUCCCAAAACAUCAACUUCUUCAAGAUGUCGAAAUAUUCGCAAAUAAACAUGGUAUUACUGAAAUCCUUCCCGUUCUUACCAAAGGUGCUCUUGUUGCUCAAAGUCCCUCUCAUGCGGAUAAAAUUGUUGAACUUGAUGAUGAGGAUCGAAGGGUUUUGAGUGAGGAGGUUACGCAUCGUUGGAAACAUCCUAAACAACUUUACAUGACGAUUAUUUUGAAUUCUAUUGCUGCUGCUAUUCAGGGUGUGAGUUCAAAUGGUGCAAAUCUUACUUUUGGAGAGGCGUUGGGUAUUCCAGAUACAGGUCCAACUUGUGAGGCUCAAGGUACUUGUGAUAGAAAUGCUUGGAUUAUUGGUGCUAUUAAUGCAAUGCCUUAUAUGGCUAUCUGUCUUUUCACCGCCUGGAUCUCCGACCCCGUAAAUCACUACAUCGGUCGUCGAGGUACCAUCUUCAUCGCAGCAGUCUUCUCCCUCCUCGCCCCAAUCGGCAUGGGAUGUUCCCAAACCUACGGCGAACUAAUGGCCUGUCGCAUCCUCCUCGGAGUAGGAAUGGGCUUAAAAGAAGUAACCGUCCCCGUCUUCUCUGCCGAAAACUCCCCCACAAAUAUUCGCGGUGGUCUCGUCAUGUCCUGGCAAGUCUGGACCGCUUUCGGCAUUUUCCUCGGUACUUGUGCUAAUUUAGUUUUCGUACAUUCCGGUGCUUUGGCUUGGCGUUUACAAUUUGGAUCUGCGCUUGUUCCUGCCAUUCCUCUCGUUAUUGGGAUAUAUUUCUGUCCCGAAUCACCUCGUUGGUUAUUGAAAAAAGGACGGGUCGCGAAAGCUUACAGAUCUCUAUUACGAUUGAGAAAUUCGCCACUUCAGGCCGCGAGAGAUUUGUAUUAUAUUCAAGCGCAGUUGGAUUAUGAGGAUCGUUUAUUGGAACAAUCUGGUUUGGCGAAACAUGGGAACAUGUUUACGAGGUUUAUUGAAUUGUUUACAGUACCUAGAUUGAGACGGGCGACGCAGGCUUCGGGUAUUGUUAUGAUUGCUCAACAGAUGUGUGGAAUCAACAUUAUCGCAUUCUACUCAUCUACGAUCUUCAAAAAUGCAGGUGCAAGCAUCAUUGGUGCUCUUCUCGCCUCUUUCGGUUUCGGACUUAUCAAUUUUAUUUUCGCCUGGCCAGCCGUUUGGACCAUCGACACUUUCGGCCGUCGAACCCUUCUUCUCUUCACAUUUCCUCAAAUGUUCUGGACACUUCUCGCGGCAGGAUUAUGUUACUUCAUCCCCGAAUCAUCUAAAGCUCACAUCGGCAUGGUAGCAUUCUUCAUCUACCUAUUCGACAUAGCCUACUCCCCCGGCGAAGGCCCCGUCCCAUUCACCUACUCCGCAGAAGUAUUCCCCCUCUCUCAUCGAGAAAUCGGCAUGUCCUGGGCGGUCGCCACGAAUAAUUUCUGGGCCUCAGUCCUCUCCCUCACUCUUCCCCGUAUGCUCUCAGCCAUGAAACCACAGGGAGUAUUUGGAUUUUACGCCGGAUUAAAUCUCCUCGCGUUCGCACUUAUUUUCUUUUUCCUCCCCGAAACUAAACAGAGAACACUGGAGGAAUUAGACUAUGUAUUUGCGGUACCGACGAGAACGCAUGCGAAGUUUCAAAUUCGGGAGCAAUUUCCCUGGUGGGCGAGGAAAUAUCUUUUGAGGAGGAAGGGGGAACCAGAACCGCAACUUUAUAGGUUUGAGGAUGAGGAGUGGGUGGAGAAUGAACUUGAUACUAGGGGUGUUAGUACUGGGAAUGAUGUAGCUGGUGUGGCGAGGAAGGAACUUGUUUAG